UGGGUUGUAGCCACGUGGAUGAAAGCUGCAGAAGGUUACAAAACAUAGAAUGAGGCUUAGUAGAACUCUCUCUCUCUCUCUCUCUCUCUCUCUAAACUUGAAGAAAAUGAAGAACAAUGAAGGUGAGAGGUCUCUCAAGAGGCCUUCUUCUGCCGCCGAUAUCGGUUUCGGGACCAGCCCUAUGAGGCCAUAUGUCCGGUCGAAGAUACCCAGAAUUCGAUGGACUCCGGAGCUUCAUAACUGCUUCCUUCAGGCCGUACGUCUGCUUGGUGGAGAAUUCAUGGCUACCCCAAAGAUGGUUUUGGAGAUCAUGAAUGUCAAGGAGCUCACCAUAUCUCACGUAAAGAGCCAUCUUCAGAUGUACCGGAGCGUGAAGGAAGAUGAGAUGAUACAAGAAGCAAUGGCAUUAGAAAAAGAGAGGACACCAGAACCAUGCAUAAUCAUUAAGGAUCUUCUCCAUGGAAGCUCCUCUAAGGAAAAUGUUGGGCAGAAAGAUGUUGGAGAGAAAUGCAAAGUUAACAUUGUAGAUGAGUUAUCUGAUAAUAUAGAUGGAAAGGUUGAUUGCACCUUGGGACUGUCUCUGUUCUCAAAGACUUCACAAUCAUGGAAGUAGAAAGAUGAUAAGGUUGAAGAUUCUAUGAACCUGUCCCUUGGUCGUACUCUAAGCUUAUCAUCUUCAUCCUCUUAGUAACAAAUAUACUUUAAGGUUUGAGCUAAUAAUAUCUUUUAUGAACCUCACAUUCAAGUCUAUCCCACUGUUGAGGAGAACUGGGAGAAGAAUGAUGUAACUGAUUAGAGGCUUAUGUUGUGAAUUGUGUGUGCAUUGAAAA